GAGCACCCCGGACGUCACUCAGCUCCUGGGGAUUCGCCCUUCCCACCGGAGCAUCGCCAGGCUUCAAGACAACAGAUGAAUUGUGAAAGAGAGCAGCUAAGGGGUAAUCAGGAAGCCGCAGCUGCCCCAGACACAAUGGCUCAGCCUUACGCUUCGGCCCAGUUUGCUCCCCCCCAGAACGGCAUCCCCGCGGAAUACACGGCCCCUCAUCCCCACCCCGCGCCAGAGUACACUGGCCAGACUACCGUCCCUGAGCACACGUUAAACCUGUAUCCUCCCGCCCAGACGCACUCCGAGCAGAGCGCAGCGGACACGAGCGCGCAGACCGUGUCGGGCACCGCCACACAGACAGAUGACGCAGCACCAACGGAUGGCCAGCCCCAGACACAACCUUCCGAAAACUCAGAAAACAAGUCCCAGCCCAAACGGCUGCACGUCUCCAACAUCCCCUUCCGGUUCCGAGACCCGGACCUCCGACAAAUGUUUGGCCAAUUUGGUAAAAUCUUAGAUGUUGAAAUUAUUUUUAAUGAGCGAGGCUCAAAGGGAUUUGGUUUCGUAACUUUCGAAAAUAGUGCCGAUGCGGACAGGGCGAGGGAGAAAUUACACGGCACCGUGGUAGAGGGCCGUAAAAUCGAGGUAAAUAAUGCCACAGCACGUGUAAUGACAAAUAAAAAGACUGUCAACCCUUAUACAAAUGGCUGGAAAUUGAAUCCAGUUGUGGGUGCGGUCUACAGCCCCGAAUUCUAUGCAGGCACGGUGCUGUUGUGCCAGGCAAACCAGGAGGGAUCUUCCAUGUACAGUGCCCCCAGUUCACUUGUAUAUACUUCCGCAAUGCCCGGCUUCCCGUAUCCAGCCGCCACCGCAGCAGCCGCCUACCGAGGGGCUCACCUGCGAGGCCGCGGCCGCACCGUGUACAACACCUUCCGGGCCGCUGCGCCCCCGCCCCCGAUCCCGGCCUACGGCGGUGUUGUUUACCAGGAUGGAUUUUAUGGUGCAGACAUUUAUGGUGGUUAUGCUGCAUACCGCUACGCCCAGCCUACCCCUGCCACUGCCGCUGCCUACAGUGACAGUUACGGACGAGUUUAUGCUGCCGACCCCUACCACCACACACUUGCUCCAGCCCCCACCUACAGCGUUGGUGCCAUGAAUGCUUUUGCACCCCUGACUGAUGCCAAGACUAGGAGCCAUGCUGAUGAUGUGGGUCUCGUUCUUUCUUCAUUGCAGGCUAGUAUAUACCGAGGGGGAUACAACCGCUUUGCUCCAUACUAAAUGACAAAACCAUUAAAACCUUCCAGUGUGGGGAGAAAGGAAGCUUUCCGAGGCCUGGGUAUUGCAAUACAUGCAGUAGUGCAUCAUUUUAGCAGCCCUAAAGAUUAAAAAAAAAAAAAAAAACUGGGAAAAAAUUACAUUUUUUAUCUUAUACCUCAGAUAUUUUGUUCUGUGUAUUUUAAUAUUGUGGGUCUUUAAUUUCUGAAGGUUCCGUAGUUUGGUUGCUGGCUGUAGGAGUUUUUCUGUGGUUGGAAUAGAGAGAUGCUAGCUAUGAAUAAAACCUGGUUUAGGGCCAUAUCCAGAGUGCUAUCUCAUGUAAAUGAAUUAUAUAUGCUGAAUAUCAAGCUACUGGGGUUAUCAGCUGUUUGGGAAGAGUGUAAGUGGCUACAGUAGUCAUUUUUUUUUUCCUGCAUCUGCAUUAUUUUCUUUUAUGAACGGGGAAGGGUGGGAGGAUCUUAGGGGAUCGGGACUGGGGAUCGGGCUAAACGGAAAAAAAAAAAAUAGUUAACC